AUGUUAACGCCUUCAGAAAAGAAAACGGUGACAAUGCAGGAUUUUCUAAAAGAAAAUAUGCGCGGGAAGAUUAUUCUGAACGUACUUCUACCACCGUUGUCUACUCAAUGCCAGUUGGUCACUUAUAAGAUAAUGCCACGGACGGAAAAUGUUCGUGCUAUAGUCCAUGCUGGAUUUCUCUACAAACUCGAUAAUUGUAAUAAGGUGCUCGAAUGUAGAUUGGCUUUUGGCGGUCUUUCGCCAAAUUUUAUCAGAGCUUAUAAAACUGAAAAAUUUUUGGUUGGAAAGUUUUUGUUUAGAAAUGAGACUUUACAAGCUGGGAUUAAGAUCUUAGAUAGUGAGUUGGUUAUAACGAGGGUUCGACCAGAGCUUUCUAUCGAGUACAGAAGACGUCUUGCUGUUGGGAUAUUUUAUAAAGGCUUACUUUGUCUAUGUCCUGCUAAUAUAAUUGGUUCAAGAUAUAGAUCUGCAGGGACAAUAGUACAUGAUACUCGACCAGUCAGUCAGGCAAGUCAAUUUUUUGAAACGAAUCCAUCAUUGUGGCCUCUUACAAAACCUAUUCCGAAAAUAGAAGCGUUGAUCCAGUGUUCUGGCGAGGCUGUGUAUACAGAUGAUAUACCGCCUUUUAAAAAUGAAGUUUUUAUAUCAUUUGUAUUGAGCACAGUACCUGUUGGGACUAUAGAUUUUAUUGAUACGAGUAAAGCUUUGAAAGAACCUGGUGUGAUAGCUUUUUAUUCUGCAAAAGAUGUACCUGGUUUAAAUUCUUUUACACCAGCCGCAGAAACGCAACAAAUCGCUGAUAGGGCCGCAAAACUAGUAGUCGCUUCCUACAGUAAUAUAAGAAAACCGAUUUUAGAUGUAAGGGAAGCUAAGAAUGAACCGAACAGAAUUAGUCUUUAUUCAUCUAAAGUAGCAACAAAAAGAGGUUUAGAUGUUGCAAAAGUAAUAAAUGGAUCCAUGGCUAUAUAUCAACAGUAUCAUUUCUGUAUGGAAACUUUGACCAGCAUUGGAGUACCAAUAGAAGAAGGAUUAGAAGUUCAUGCAGCUACACAAUAUACAGAAGGAAUACAAAUUAUGACAUCUCGUGCUUUAAAUAUUGAUGAAAACAGAGUGGACGUAUAUGUUCGUCGAGUUGGCGGCGCUUAUGGUUAUAAAAUUUCUAGAAUAAUUCAAGGAGCUUUAGCAGCAAAUUUAACGGCUCUUAAAUUAAAUCGGCCAUGUCGGUUUAUUCAGCCUUUGAGAACUAACACCAGAGCUGUUGGAAAAAGAUUGCCGUGUGUCACAGAGUUUGAGGUAGGGGUGAAUGCAGGAGGUGUUAUUCAGUACUUGAAUUGCAAUCUGUAUACUGAUAAUGGAUACAUACUUAAUGAACCCCUUAUUAUGCUUGGCACUUCAGUAAACAGUAAUUGCUACGACAUAUCAACUUGGAAUUUUAAAUCAUUUAACACUGUUACCGAUACUGCCUCUAACUCUUGGUGUCGAUCCCCAGGCACAUUGGAGAACAUUGCAAAUACAGAGCAUAUAAUGGAGAGAAUUUCCUACGAAAUGUCCUUAGAUCCGAUUCAAGUACGAGUGGCUAACUUGGAUCCUGCUCAUCAAAGUGCAAUACUGGAAAUGUGGGAAAAUAUAAAAACAAAUUCACAGUACGAUGCAAGAAAGAAAUCUGUAAAGCAGUUUAAUGAAGAAAACAGAUGGUUGAAAAGGGGGCUGAGGGUCGCUUUUAUGAGAUGGCGAUCAGAAACCCCUCUAGUCAUGACUGCCAAUUUAUCCGUGUAUUUCGGAGAUGGGAGUGUAGCUAUUACACACGGUGGGGUUGAAAUGGGCCAGGGUAUUAACACGAAAGCUGCUCAGAUAUGCGCCUAUUUUCUAAAAAUACCACUAAGCAAGAUUCAGGUAAAAGGACAAAGUACUAUUUCUUCGCCUAAUGUGAAUGAAUCUGGGGGAAGUGUUACGUCACAGAACGUAGGGUUAAGUGUUCAGAGGUGUUGUGAAGAAUUACUUAGAAGAUUAGAACCGAUUAGGCAGCAAAUGAAUAAUCCUUCUUGGGAGGAACUGAUCGAAAAAGCACAUAAUUCAAAUGUUGACUUACAAACUAGAGGCUACGUUAGCUCAGCGGAAGCAGUUUUUUAUGAUAUUUAUGGCGUUAUAGUAGUUGAAGUAGAAACUGAUAUAAUUACUGGGCAGUGGGAAUUAAAAAGAGUCGAUCUUUUGGAAGAUGUAGGUCAAAGUGUCAGUCCUGAAGUAGAUUUGGGCCAGGUCGAAGGAGCAUUUGUUAUGGGUUUGGGAUAUUGGACGUGUGAAAAGUUAGAGUUUGAACCAAAAACCGGAGAAGUGCUCUCAGAUCGCACAUGGAAUUAUUGGGUGCCUCAAGCAAGGGACAUACCACAAGACUUUCGUGUUUAUUUUCGAAAGAAGUCAUAUAACUAUGAAAUCUAUCUUGGUUCUAAAGCUACUGGCGAACCCGCUACAAGCUUAGCUGUAGCAGUACCUCUUGCUAUGAGAGAAGCCAUUGCUUCGGCAAGGUUCGAUUCUGGGAUUUCAACUACAGAAUGGUUCCAAAUUGAUGGACCAUUUACCACACAGCAAAUAUGCUUAGCAGCCGCUACCAAGUUCGAAGAUUUCAAAUAUUAUUGA